AUGGAUACCAUAGGCUUCGUUCGCGCUCAGCGACAAAAUCUUCCCAUCGUCCCAACAAAGGAGACCUGUGCUGGCAAAACCUUCAUCAUUACAGGGUCAAACUCUGGCAUUGGCUUCGAAGCUGUCAAGCACCUUGUCAACCUUGGAUCAGCUCGUGUGAUUAUCGCCGUCAGAUCCAUUGAGAGAGGUCAAGAUGCAAAGGCUCGCAUCGAUGCCUCCACCGGCAGACCGGAUGUCACCGAGGUUUGGCAGCUCGACAUGUCAUCUUAUGACUCCAUCCGAGCUUUUGCGAAGAGAGCUUCUUCGGAGCUCAGCCGUCUUGACGGAUUGGUUGAGAACGCCACUGCAGCCCUGGAUGAGUGGACAGUAGCUGAAGGCAUGGAGACAAGCAUCACUGUUAACGUCAUCGGCACAGUCAUGCUGGCACUGCUUCUUCAUCCAAAGUUGAUGAAGACGGCCAAGACUUCAGACUCGCCACCGCAUAUCGUGGUUGUUACAUCUGGACUUGGUUUCACGCAGCCGGACUUCCUAAAAUACGGAGACGAGGAUGUCUUUGAUGUCUUGAAUACCCAAGGAAAGUCUCCCAUGGAGAAAAGAUACUCCGUCACCAAGCUGGUUCAGAUACUUGCCGUCCGACAACUCGCGACCAUCCUACCAGCAUCUCGCACCGGUGUCGUCUUGAAUCUCCUCAAUCCCGGGCUUUGCAACACCGGUCUGGCGAAAUAUGGCAGAAUGGCCCUACGGCUUCAGGUUUGGAUGAUGAAUGCGGCGAUUGGAAGAACCCCGGAGAUGGGGAGCCGCACAAUCUUGCAUAGCAUGUUUGCUGGGGCAGAAAGCCAUGGGCAAUAUAUCUCAGAUUGCCAGAUCAAAGACCAUUGGGUGCCCGAGUGGGUGAAGAAUGAGAGCGGGCAAAAGUUUCAGAACAUGGUCUGGACUCAAUUGGCAACCAGACUAGAGAAGAUCGAGCCAAGAUGUACGAAGAACCUGGUCGGUUGA